GAGUAGCUGAAAACCAGAAGCCUGGCCCUCCAGGCUAGGCCGGGCGUCCAUUUCAAUCCUCUGCAAGUCAUCGAAUCAUUCAUUCCGUCUAGUAAUUCCCACGGCGCAAAAUAUGGGCUUCGCUGUCGUCGCUCUUCGUCCACCUCUGAAUGCAUUUCUCUGCUCAAGUAACGAUAACUCGAAUCGGGACGGCGGUACAGAGCACCAAAGCCAGGAAGUACGCUUCGCUCUUCCCGGCUAUAAGUGGCGUAUGAUCAUAGCAUACGAUGGCACCAAAUUUUCUGGCUGGCAAUAUCAGCAGUCAUCACCAACUGUACAGUGCCUUGUGGAAAGAGCUUUAACUCAGAUAACAAUGCUAGAAAGAAAGGAGCUUGGAUUGGUUGGUGCAAGUAGGACAGACACUGGAGUUCAUGCCUGGGGUCAGGUGGCACACUUUGUUACUCCUUUCAACUAUAACAGUUUGGAGAGCAUUCAUGCAGCGCUUAAUGGUCUUCUUCCUUUUGAUAUCCGAGUUAGAGAGAUUAGUCCAGCACUACCUGAUUUCCAUGCUCGAUUUUCAGCGAAGAGCAAGGUUUAUCACUAUAAGAUAUAUAAUGACACCAUUAUGGACCCAUUACAGCGGUUCUACGCAUAUCAUAGCACUUAUAGACUGAACACGAUUGUCAUGAGGGAGGCUGCAAGGCAUUUCAUUGGAAAGCAUGACUUCUCUGCUUUCUCUAAUGCAUCCCACAAUGAUCGAUUGCCAGAUCCUGUGAAGUGUAUUUUCCGUUUUGAUGUUGUCGAAAAGGGAGCUCUUCUACAACUUGAGGUUGAAGGCUCUGGUUUCUUGUAUAGACAAGUGCGGAACAUGGUCGCUUUGCUGCUUCAAAUUGGAAAGGAGGCAGUUCCUCCUGAUAUUGUCCAAAAAAUUUUGUUAACUAGAGAUCGGAAAGAACUUGCAAAGUAUGCCUUAUCUGCCCCUCCACAAGGACUCUGCCUUAUAUCAGUCAAGUACAAUGAAGAGGUCCUACAGCCUCCCCUUGGUUGCCCUUCGACCAGCUUUGGCCAGAAUCAAUGUGUAAGUAAAUGCAAGCUUCCAUUCUAUUGAGAAACUUGAAGGAUGUGGUUGUAACUGUCCAACUCUUAAAAAGUGCAAUAUGUGCAAUUACAAAUAUUAAAAAUUCAAACUUGAUUCAUUA